CAGUUGUUUUUAUUUCUUUUUUUCAUUGGUCAUCGUUUUGUUCAAUUCGUUUUUUAUAAGUCGAUUUUAUUGAACCCAUCACUUCUUUCUGCCUUUGUUUUAAAUUCCAGCUCGAUAACAUAAAUAAAAAUAUAAAGUGAGUCAUUUCAGCAUAUAUAUCAGCAAUUUUCGCAGCUUCCACAGCCUGUGAUUUCACUUAAAUUACAGCGCAAAUAAAUAGCUUUAGUGCAAUUAUUAACUUGAAAGCUAACUACAACAGCAAACGGUAAAUAAAACAGAAUGUCGCUUGUUUCUGAUCAAGAAUGGGAGGAAUAUAAGGCGAAGUUCCAAAAGUCUUACCCUGACCCUGAGGAGGAUAUAAUGCGUCGUGGAAGGUAUGUAAAAUCCAAAAACAUGGUGGAGGAGCACAAUAAGAAAUACGAGACUGGUGAGGUAACCUGGAAAAUGGCUAUAAAUCAUCUGUCUGAUUUGACGGAAGAAGAAUAUGCUACGCGUUGUGGUAAAAAGAUGAUUCCACCAACAAGCACAUAAAUUAAAUGUUAAUUGACGGCAGUGCUGCGUGUUUUUUUUUUGUUUGUGCAUUUAAAAUCUUAACUUCGAAUAAUUAUCACAAAAUGUAUUUUUAAUGUAUAUAUGUAUGUCCAAAAGUAUAUGUAUCUGUUUAAUGUGAAAUGAAAAAAUAACUAACAUCCCGGAAAUGCAA